GCUACACCCCUGGCAAGCUUCUGGAGCACUACCUGAACACGGGCCAGGUCGCGACUCCCAUGGAGGAGAUGGACAGCGGCAACGAGAAGGAAAGUGAAGAGAAGAAGAUGGUGGUGGGUGAGAAGAAUGGAGAUGAAAUUGAAGAGAAGAAGAUGGUGGUGGGUGAGAAGAAUGGAGAUGAGAAGAAGAUGGUGGGUGAGAAGAAUGGAGAUGAGAAGAAGAUGGUGGGUGAGAAGAAUGGAGAUGAGAAGAAGAUGGUGGGUGAGAAGGAUGGAGAUGAGAAGAAGAUGGUGGGUGAGAAGAAUGGAGAUGAGAAGAAGGAGGGUGCAAACCGAAAGGGUGAAGCUCCUCCAUUCCCACCACUCCCGCCCAUGCCCCCACCACCCCCCAUCCCACCGCCAGCUGACGUGGCGCCGCCGCCAUCUGCAGUGCCGACGCCACCGCCGCCAGUGCAGCCGACCAAGAAGCCAUCGGAGCCUGUGAAGCCACCAGUGAAGGCAUCCGGCCGGCCAAAAGAAAAGAAGAUGCCCAAGCCGCCAUACCCGCCACCCCCAGCCCCGGCAGCGAAGCUCAUCAAGGCGCACCCAAAACCAAAAUGGAGGUCCAAUGAGUGGGAACGUGUCAUCAAGGUCGAUGAUGAUGAGCAGACUGAUGACGCAUGGGGGGCGUGGAAGGGAGAUGACACCAAGAUCGACAAAAGCUGGACCAUGCCGUCGUGGGGCCAUGGUGGCUGGGGCACUCAGUGGCAUGACCAUGCGGUCAAUCCAGGAUGGGGCGCUGCCGAUGCUGGUGGAUGGGGCCCUGGCGCUGGCUCAUCGACAGAUGGCCAGCAGUGGCAGCGCGCCAUGAUGACGGCUGAGGGCCAGGGUUGGAGCAAGAUUCUGAGCUUGAAUGCAUCGAUGAGCUGGGGCAUGGAGAGGAACAAUGACAGCUGCACCAUCACGACCGUGGCCAAGGCAGAAUGCAUGCAGAUCGAGAAGCCGAAGCGCGUGCGAGAUGCUUCCAACCGACGCCGUGGAGGCUACAAAUAUCAGAAGCAGCUGCAGAACCGGAUGCGUGAGCAGGAAAGGAUUGAGCAAGCCGACCAGAUCAGCCAGGCUCUGAACAUCAUGGGGAGCCUGGCGCGAUCCUUGGAGACUGUCUUGGAUGAGUGA